AUACAUAUAUAUAUAUAUAUAUACAACCGCCCAGAUGCCGACAUCGCCUUAUGUCUCUCGGAUUAAUCAAAUCGACGCUGUUCAACUAGAUGAGGAAAUUUAUAAAGUGCUUAGAAAUCAAGCUAAGAAAAUUAGCAAAUAUCAAUCAAUAGAAAAGAUCGAUCAGUGGCAACCUGAAAUCGAUGCAGUUCUCAAAUACUUUAUAUGGAAUUUCUCGCUGCGCCAUGGAAAAUCAACCUUUGGUCAGCAACUGCUCAAUUUGCAUUACGAAAAUAUUAACAGCGCAAAAUCCGUUCUGUAUUUGAUUUCAAUGAUCGUACCUGCGUAUGUGCGAGAUAAAUUUAAAGACAACAGUAAAAAUCGUAAUUUGAACAUCUUAUUCGAUCGUAUCGAGGAUAUCGUAAAAUUGCUCGAGUUUAUCAACUUGUUGAUCUUUCUGCAUCGAGGGACACAGCCUCGCAUUGUGGAAUAUAUUCUCGGAAUCGUAAACUCUUCUACAACAACUCACAAACCGAGAAAUAUCGGAUAUUCGUAUAUGACAAGAGAAUUACUGUGGCAUAGUUUAAUGGAAUUAUUUACUAUCGGUCUACCUAUGAUUAAUUUCCAUUAUAUAAAGCACACAUUGAAGAAAUUGUUUACACGGUCAAAAUCCGCCAAUUUGCUACGUACUUUUCCGACUAUGAAUUUAUCUACCAAAUGUGCCUAUUGCGCCGAUACUCCUAUUUUACCUGUUCAUGCUGGUUGCCAGCAUAUAUUUUGUUAUUAUUGUUUGAGCGCUCAUUUUACCGCAAUGAGUGAAUUCCAGUGUUUUGAAUGUGGCAUGAGACUCUACAUUGGUAAUAUGAAAGCGUACGAACCAAAUGCAUUAUCUAUUUAAGUUUUUGACCCAUAUGUGUACAUACAUAUAUAUAUCUGUAUUUAUAUUACAUACAUUUGUACAAGCAUUGUGUUCCUUUUUUUUUUAUUAAAAAUAGCAAUACAAAAUUUUCUUGAUUUGCUUGAUACAACAUUUCAAUUUAUUCGGCGUUUCCUUCGAAACGAAUCGAUAAUGGAUCAGGUAUACAAUACAUAUAUUCGUCGCCUAUCGGAAUAAUUGGAUUAUCGUAUAAAAAUAUCAUGCCGCUUUAUAAUAAAUCGUUUUCCGUUUCGUAAAUCCCGGCAACACGCAUUACGUAUAUCGAUCAUUGAUUUAUCUAUUAUCGUUUUACUUGCUUAAUGGGCGGGGACGUCCUUCUGUUACCUGGCAAUACUUGAAUGAACGCAAACGAAUCAAGUCAUUCAAGAGGAAAAUAA